UAGAGGUCUCAUAUGUGACAUGAUAGUAUUACGUACGGUGUGUUGUGUGCCUGUGUUCUGAUACCUGUCUAGUUUGUGUGAUAUCAUGGUACGGAAAUCGUUUCGCCAUGCCACGCAUCACACGAUUUUAGGGUUUAGGGUUUUUUUAGGCCCAGUCUUCGCCAUAUGCCUUGACACAGUGUCCUCCUCUGCCACCGGUCCGAUGAGCCUCUGAUAUGGUGCACGGCACCUCAAUUGACUAACACCAUGAACCCAAAACCCUAACCCCUAACCCCUACAUCGCGCUUUUUACUAAAAACCCUAAACUCAUCAACCCUAAACCCUAGAUCGGUGGUGUCCUCUGGCCACAGUCCACCACAUCUAUACCGUGGUGUAUCCUGUCUGUUUGCUCUCAGCUGUAACGUUUUCUGUGACGUUCGUAAAGCUUUAACGUGCGCGUUGUUUUAAUUUGCUGCAGAUCUCCCCCAAAUCGAUUGGUGCGAUGUGAGCGGAAACCCAAAGUUUGUGUGCGACGACCAAUCAGAAGGCUUGGCGCGGCAGCUGAGGAGUCUGGGAUUGGACUGUGCGUUUGUGCGCGACCACAUGCCGCAAGGAGUGUGCAGUAACCAUGGCGACGGGCCAAACAGUGAGGCGCGUGGCGGGAAUGUGGACGACGAGAAGACUGGAGAUGCGGAUAGGGGGUCGGUAGAAAGUAGUAAUGAGAUUAAGAAGGAGGACAGGGGGGUAAGCAAUAGUUGUAGUAGGUCAGGCAGGUGCCCUGACAGCCAACGGGAUCAAACCAUCUGCGGUAGUCAGUUGGGUAUGGGGUGUGCAGAUACAGAUAAGCAAAGUAGUACGGGUACUGAGCAUGUACCUGAAGAUAGUAAACACAAGCAUGUGACCGGAGAGAUAGGAUCAGUUUGUACUAAUGGAAGCCAUACAGCGAGCACCAAUGAGAGUGGCUCAGCCAAUGCCACUGACAGUGUUGAUGUCAAGUGCACAGCAGAUGACACCCGCGGAACGCAGCGAAAGCGAAACAAGAUGACCAACUCACAAAAGAACAUCAAACAGCUGACCACGUGGCACAUGCUGAUCAAGAUAGCUGAGGACGAGAACCGCAUCAUUCUGACCAAGAACAGGCGGUUGGCACAGGCCCAUGCGAAUGUCAGUGCGAAGAAGGGGUUCAAUACUCCUGACACCAUGAAGUACCAGGCGGCCUACUUUGUAUCUGCCAGUGACAAAUAUGGGCAGCGGAGAGAGAUAGUGGAGCGGUUUGGGUUGAACAUUCGAGAGCGUCUGCUGCUCACGCGGUGCCUGACAUGCAACGGCACUUUUGAUGGGCCGUAUUCGGGCCAUGAGUUGGAUGUGAGCUCAGUACCCACACCAGAGGUGCUGACAGUGGAGGGACGGGUGUUCUACAAGUGCAUCGGCAGCUGUGGGGCAGCCACGUGGCAGGGUGGACAAUUCACCAAUCAUAUCGCAAAGCUGAGGCUCGAAUACGGAGACCCAAAUAAUGUGCUACCGGUUGAACAGGACUUUUGAGAUGUAUAGAUAUAGGUACACGACUGAUAAUGGACCUACGGUUCGAUAUUUGCAGAUUUAAAACUGGAUGCCUUUGCGCCUGCUUCGGAACUUUCGAACUUGAAAUGAUAAUUAAUGGGAUGGCAUAUAAAUUCGUACAGUGAAUUCGUUCACUCGGGAACAG